UGCGCAGUUGCGCUCUUCGGCGUGAGGCAACAACGGCUCUGGGUUCGUUCCAAGGUAGCUAACGCUAUAGCUAGCUAAAGGAAACAUGGCGUUCACAUUCGCGGCCUUUUGCUAUAUGCUCGCUCUGCUGCUGACGGCGGCUCUCAUCUUCUUCGCCAUCUGGCACAUCAUUGCUUUUGAUGAGCUAAAGACUGACUACAAGAAUCCUAUAGACCAGUGUAACACACUAAACCCGCUGGUGUUGCCUGAGUACCUGAUACACGUGUUCUUCUGUGUGAUGUUCCUUUGUGCUGCUGAAUGGCUCACCCUCGCUCUCAACAUGCCCCUGCUGGCCUAUCAUGUCUACAGGUACACGACCCGGCCUGUGAUGAGUGGCCCUGGACUCUACGAUCCCACCACCAUAAUGAAUGCUGAUAUUCUGGCGUACUGUCAGAAGGAGGGUUGGUGCAAACUUGCCUUCUACCUGCUGUCCUUCUUCUACUAUCUCUACGGGAUGAUCUACGUGUUGGUGAGCUCUUAAGCUCCACAGUUUGCAUUUCAGUGUGGAUUUGGACUCUGUGUGGCUCGGUUUCAAUGGACUCUCUGGGACAAUAUACAGGAUGGAGUUGGCCAUUGGUACAGCAGCGCAUCUCACACACACACACACAGAGGAAGAGAGAGUACAUUGUGAACUUUAACACUAUUGACUCCCAGGUUUUCAUUACAGUGCUGUUGCUUUUUUUUUGUAUGAAAUAAAGUUUGUAAUUUUUUUCUCUUUGA